CCCGGCCCCGGCCGCCCCCCGCUCCCGCUCCUGCCCCCGCUCCUCCCCCGCGUUCCGGGCAGCCCGAGGCGGCAGCAGCAGCAGCGGGAGUACCGGACCUGAUGGACCGCAUGACGGAGGACGCGCUGCGCCUGAACCUGCUCAAGCGGAGCCUGGAGCCGGCCGAGGAGCGCGAGGACGUGCUGGCCAAGAGGCUGAAGAUGGAGGGCCACGAGGCCAUGGAGAGGCUGAAGAUGCUGGCGCUGCUCAAGCGCAAGGACCUGGCGGGGCUGGAGGUGCCCCACGAGCUGCCCGUGAAGCCGGACGGGAUCAAGGGCUACGAGGAGAAGCUCAACGGGAGCCUGAGGCCCCACGGCGACGGGCGCGGCGCGGCCCGGCCGGGCAAGGAGAACAUCAACGACGAGCCCGUGGACAUGAGCGCCAGGAGGAGUGACCAGGAGCGGGGCAGGCUGACGCCGUCCCCGGACAUCAUCGUCCUGUCGGACAACGAGGCCUCCAGCCCCCGCUCCAGCUCCCGCAUGGAGGAGCGGCUCAAGGCGGCCAACCUGGAGAUGUUCAAGGGGAAGAGCCUGGAGGAGAGGCAGCAGCUGAUCAAGCAGCUCCGGGACGAGCUGCGGCUGGAGGAGGCCCGGCUGGUGCUCCUCAAGAAGCUGCGGCAGAGCCAGCUCCAGAAGGAGAACGUGGUGCAGAAGACCCCCGUUGUCCAGAACGCCGCGUCCAUCGUGCAGCCGUCGCCCGCCCACGUGGGACAGCAGGGCCUGUCCAAGAUCCCCUCCCGGCCCGGGGCUCAGGGCGUGGAGCCGCAGAAUUUAAGGACAUUACAGGGCCACAGCGUGAUCCGCUCGGCCGCCAGCUCAGCCCUGCCCCACAUGCUGAUGUCCCAGCGCGUCAUCGCCCCCAGCCCCGCGCAGCUCCAGGGCCAGCGCGGGCCCCAGAAACCCGGCCUGGUGCGCAGCUCCACGCCCGGCAUGAGCCCCGCCAUCAACUACCAGCCGCAAUCAGGCUCGUCGGUGCCGUGCCAGCGCUCGUCCUCCUCCGCCAUCUACAUGAACCUCGCGUCGCACAUGCAGCCGGGCUCGGUGGCCCGCGUGUCGUCCCCGCUCCCCAGCCCCAGCGCGCUCUCGGACGCCGCCAACUCGCAGGCCGCGGCCAAGCUGGCGCUGCGCAAGCAGCUGGAGAAGACGCUGCUGGAGAUCCCUCCCCCGAAGCCGCCGGCGCCGCUGCUGCACUUCCUGCCCAGCGCCGCCAACAGCGAGUUCAUCUACAUGGUGGGGCUGGAGGAGGUGGUGCAGAGCGUCAUCGACAGCCAAGGGAAGAGCGCCCCGGCGGUGCCGCGCGUGGAGCCGUUCGUGUGCGCGCAGUGCCGCACCGACUUCACGCCGCACUGGAAGCAGGAGAAGGGCGGGCGCAUCCUGUGCGAGCAGUGCCAGACCUCCAACCAGAAGAAGGCGCUCAAGGCCGAGCACACGAAUCGCCUCAAGAACGCCUUCGUCAAGGCCCUGCAGCAGGAGCAGGAGAUCGAGCAGCGGCUGCAGCAGCAGGCUGCCCUGUCCCCCACGGCCGCGCCCGCCGUGCCCAGCGUGGGCAAACAGGACGGGAUCCUGCGGCACCACACGCUCCGGCAGGCCCCGCAGCCCCAGAGCAGCCUCCAGCGCGGCAUCCCCACCUCCGCCCGCUCCAUGCUCUCCAACUUCGCCCAGGCCCCGCAGCUCUCGGUGGCCGGGGGGCUCCUGGGAAUGCCAGGGGUGAACAUCGCGUACCUGAACGCCGGCAUCGGGGGCCACAAAGCGUCGAGCCUGGCGGACCGGCAGCGGGAGUACCUGCUGGAUAUGAUCCCGCCGCGCUCCAUAUCGCAGUCCAUCAGCGGGCAGAAAUAGCCCCGGAUCCCCGCAGCCCCGACCGGGCCGGGCUGAACCAGGCCAAACCGGGCUGGGCUGAGCCGGGCUGGGCUGAACCGGGCUGAACCAGGCCAAACCGGGCUGGGCUGAACCGGACUGACCUGAACCAGGCCGGGCGCCGCCGCCGCCGCCUCCCGGGGACAACGCAACAGAUCAGACCGAGAACCGCAGAGAAACAAACAGCGAAAACAACACAAAAACAGCGACCCAGACGCAAGAAACAUUUCAGAGGCGCCUGCCCCCGGUGCUCCCAGCCCGAACUGCCCCCGGUUCCCCGGCCGGAGCAGCCCCGGCCCCGCCGCUCGUUUUGUAACGCCGCCGCUUCCCCCUUGUGUUGUGGGUUUGUUUUUUGCCCCUUUUUUUCCUUAUUUUCGCCCCCCCUCCCUUGGCUCCAUGGAUGGUUAAAGCUUUUUUCUCCCUUUUUCCAGAGACUUUGGCAAGGGCACCUUCCCCAUUUCCCCGGGGGGAGAUUUUGGGGGGCGGCCUGUGCUGGUUUGGGGGGGAUGCUCUGAUCCCAUAGAGGGGAGGGACAAAUCCCUGUUGGAUGUGAUCCCAGGGGUGUCACCUCCCCCUGUCCCCACUCCUGGGGUGUCACCUCCCCAGAACACCCCAACCCCAAUCCCUCGGCUCCAGCCCCAAUCCCAAUGUCCCCAGGGGUGACAACGCUGCCAGAGCCACCCCAGGAACCCCUCGGGGGUCCCUCAAUGUCCCCUCGAGGUGACCAGACCCCCCCCAGGUGCCACCCCCCGGGGGUGUCCCCUCUGUCCCCACGCUGGGGACGCGGCGGCUCCGGAGCGGACGGCGCGGCCAGGGCGGGUGAGUGACCCCUGACCUGUCCUGAACUGUCCCCACGUCUGUCCCCACAUCUGUCCCCACAUCUGUCCCCGAGCCCUGCAUGCUCCAGAGCCGCUCUCACCCCUCCCUGGCCCCUCUGUCACCGGGGGUGGCACCGGGGUCACCGAUGGCACCCGUGUCACCAAUGGCACCUGUGUCACCAGCGUGUCCCCCAAGGGACAGCGAGGGGGUCCCUCUGUGCCACCCCGGGGUCCCCGUGUGCCACCCUGGGGGUGACAGCGGUGGCACUGAUAGUGGGGAGGGGUCUCUGGUGUCCCCCUGUCCCCGGGGGUGGCACUGGGGGGGUCUCGGUGUCCCCUGGGGGUGUCGGGGAGGGCCCAAAGCGAGGAAUGAGCCGCGAGAAAAAUCUCGAUUUGCACUUCGGCCCUGCCGAGCUCCCCCGCCCCGAGUUCCCGUGGGUUUGGUGAAUUUUGGUCACAAUUCCCCUUUUUCCCUGACUCUGAGCCUCUCCCGCUCCUCUCGUGCAAUUCCCCCAAUUGGGGGGUUCCUAAAUCCCCCAAAAUCCCCCCAAAAUCCCCCCGACCCCAAAACCAGGGGGACCCAACCCCUGAUUUAAAGGGAGGGGACCCCCCCCCCCCAUAUAUUUUAGGGGGGACCCCACCCCACCCUGAAUUAGAGGAGGGGUCCCCCCCUCUCCAGCCCCCUCCCCACAUUCAAUGAGCACUUACCCUGGGGGGGGUUGGACCCCCAAAAUGCCCCCCCGGGACCCCCCCAGAGGCAAAGGAAAAAUGGGGUUUAUUCUGAUUUUUGGGGGGUUUUAAUGGGGUUUUAUAUUCAGAAUUUUGGGGUGUUUCUGUUGGCUUUGAUCAUUUCCAGCUGCUCCCCGCCC